AGCAUGAAAUGAAGCACAAUGGCGGUUAAGCGGAGCGCAGUCAGUUCUCUCACUCUGACAUGUUUGUUUUUUUCACUUGUAAUUCAAACCUGUCGGACUUUAGCGGAGGAAGUGCAGUGGGAUGACAAUGGCUACAUAUUGUACUGCCCCUGCAUGGGUCGCUUUGGAAACCAGGUCGACCACUUCCUGGGAACGCUGGCCUUUGCAAAGAUGCUCAACCGGACCAUGGCAGUCCCUCCCUUUAUAGUGUAUCGCCACCACCAGGCCCCAUACACCAAUGUCCAUGUCCCCUACGGGGAGUUCUUCCAGUUAGAGGCCUUGUCUGCCUACCACCGCGUGGUCAGUUUGGAGGACUUUAUGGAGAAGCUGGCUCCCACACACUGGCCACCAGGGCAGAGACACGCCUACUGCUUUGAGACGGCUGCACAGCGGAGCGUAGACAAGAAAUCCUGCCCUAUGAAGGACGGGAACCCAUUUGGUCCAUUCUGGGACCAUGUCGGUGUGGAUUUUGACAAUUCAGUCUUGUUUGGUGGUAUUUCCUUCAGUGCCUACCACCAACCUCAGUGGAUGAAGAAGUUCCCCCCCGCUGAACACCCGGUCCUGGCUCUGCCUGGGGCCCCCGCCCAGUUCCCGGUGAUUGAGGACCACGUGGGCCUGCAGCGCUACAUCGUGUGGUCCGAUAAGAUGGUGAAGGAGGGAGAGGAGCAGAUUGCCUCCUCGCUGACCAGGCCAUAUGUUGCCAUUCACUUGCGGAUUGGCAUCGACUGGCAAAAUGCCUGCAAAAUGCUGAAGAGUGGCGACACAGGGCCUCACUUCAUGGCCUCGCCUCAGUGCGUCGGCUACAACCGUCAGACGACUCUACCUCUCACUAUGCCAAUGUGCCUGCCGGACCUGGCAGAGAUUCUCAGGGCUGUAAAGCUGUGGGUGAAGAGGACUUCGGCCAACUCUGUCUACAUUGCCACAGACUCAGAAUCCCACAGCAAAGAUAUUGAAAAGGUCUUCAAGGGCAAGGUGAAAGUGGUGACUCUCAAGCCAGACUCGGCCCAGUUGGACCUGUACAUCUUGGGCCGAGCCGACCACUUUAUUGGCAACUGUGUCUCCUCCUUUUCUGCUUUUGUGAAGAGGGAACGGGACGUGCGUGGCCUUCCGUCCUCCUUCUUUGGCAUGGACAAACCCGGGAAACCAAAUAAACAAGAGCUCUGAACAGUGAAAACGCGUCAUGCUGGAUGACCGCGUGAAAAGCAGUGGAUAUUUGUUCUAUAUAUAAUGGUUCUUAAUGAGCGAAGCUAGAUGAGACAUUGAGGAACAGGUGGGUUCAGUGUUAGAAUGGGUUUUAAUCUGUGAAAAAAGGGAUUUUAAGAGAUGGUGUUGGUUGGUAGUGUUGAAGUGACGGUUCAAAGGUUUUUUGAAGUGCAUGACUUACUUAAACAUAGUCAGUCUCUUACAUGCAAUUAGUGUGCUCCCUGUUAAGAGAAUGAGGAAGACAUGCCCCGUGAAAACAUGACUGCCAUUUCUGUCCCUGUUUGCCGCCAUGUUCUCAGUGAGAGCAUUCCUGCCUGUCUACUGCUGCUCACAGCACAGGGAGCACAGUCAGCUUUAUACAUGACUAUGUGUAAGUCACACAUACAACCGCUCUAAUGUUUUUUACAUGUUAUGACAUGCUGCUACAACAAAACACUAUGUUUUUGUCGGUUCUUUGCUUGAAAAUCCAGUAUGUUGACUCUAAAGCUGUGGCUCGUGCCUGCUUUUGUUCACUACAGUUGAGUCAGGUUUCCUCUCUGUCAGGGAAACACAUGGUUUCCCCCAACAUUUCCUUUAACUAUAACUGACUGUAUUCUGUGGCUGUAACAGGGUGUUACAAUCCAAACACGUCAGCACACACUUGAUUUCAGCGUCAGUGAUCACACGCUAACCCUCACUUUUUCCCUCUCUCUCCCUGCUCUUCUGUCCUUCGAUCUGUUCGCAGCUCGGUUUUCUCCUUCGUCCUUUUUCCAAGGACAGUAACCGAUCCUCCUGUCCGUGCUAAUUAUAGGGAGGGAAAAGGAGACGGGUCUCUCCACAUAUUAAUUUACCAGGACCAAAAAGUGAUGAAUGUGUGAAUGUUCACGAGAACAUUGCUGUUGUUGAACUGCACUUGAACAGAUGAGUUGAUUUGCACUGGAUGGACUGAUUGAAGUUAAAUGGGAAUGUGUUGUGGACCGAAGCAAUGUAUGCAAAUGAUGAAGUCAAUUUUUUUUAUAUAUUUUUUUUCACCAAUAAAGACGAACACUAGUUUUCAAAGAACAAA